UCUGAAACUAGCAAAGGGUUAAAAGUUGCCAAGAGAGUGCUCAGAGCUUUCGUCUUUUUUUUACCUAGCAACUGAUGACACUGCAUAUUUUCACCUGUACUUAUUGGAAGAAGGCCGUGUGUGUCACUCAGCUGCUAAAUCACCCAAGGGGUUCACGGAAGGGACCUGUCAGUUUUUGGUUAAAAGAACCCAGAAAGAGAAGGACUACAGGGAACUGAUGGUGUUCCUGUUACCUCUCAUCAUUGUAUUAACGGCGAAGCAGAGCGAUGCCCGGAUGCACUCUCUGAGAUAUUUUCGCCUGGGCGUUUCAGAUCCUGGCCAUGGGGUCCCUGAAUUUAUUUCGGUUGGGUAUGUGGACUCGCACCCUAUCACCACAUACGACAGCAUCACUCGGCAGAAGGAGCCGCGGGCCCAAUGGAUGGCAGAGAACCUCGCGCCUGAUCACUGGGAGAGGUACACUCAGCUGCUGAGGGGCUGGCAGCAGAUGUUCAAGGUGGAACUGAAUCGCCUGCAGAGGCACUACAAUCACUCAGGGUCUCACACUUACCAGAGAAUGAUUGGCUGUGAGCUGAUGGAGGAUGGAAGCACCACAGGAUUUCUCCAGUAUGCAUAUGACGGACAGGAUUUCAUGAUCUUCGAUAAAGACACCCUGUCCUGGCUGGCUGUCGAUAAUGUGGCUCACACCAUCAAGCAGGCAUGGGAGGCCAAUCAGCAUGAGUUGCAAUAUCAGAAGAAUUGGCUGGAAGAAGAAUGUAUUGCCUGGCUAAAGAGAUUCCUGGAGUAUGGGAAAGACACCCUACAAAGAACAGAGCCCCCACUGGUAGAAACUUUUCAAGGGAUUACAACUCUCUUCUGCAAAGCCCAUGGCUUUUACCCCCCAGAAAUUUACAUGACAUGGAUGAAAAACGGGGAAGAAAUUGUCCAAGAAAUGGAUUAUGGAGACAUUCUUCCCAGUGGGGAUGGAACCUAUCAAAGGUGGGCGUCAGUUGUGCUUGAUCCUCAGAGCAGCGACCUUUACUCCUGUCAUGUGGAGCACUGCGGUGUCCACAUUGUUCUUCAGGUCCCCCAGGAAUCAGAAACUAUCCCUCUCGUGAUGAAAGCUGUCACUGGGUCCACUGUCCUCGUCAUUGUGCUGGCUGGAGUUGGUGUUCUCGUCUGGAGAAGGUGGCCCCGAGAGCAAAAUGGAGCCAUCUACUUUCCAACACGAGAUCGAUGAUUGCAGAUCCUUCUUUUCCAGUUCUCCUUCCCCUAAGAGCCAUGUUCUCCUCUGUCUCCCAUAGACUCAGGUCCACUGCUUGAAGCUCCUGACCACACCCACAACAUACACGAGUGUUACGGGUUUGGUUGCCCCAAACCCCACAGACUCUGUAACAAAACCCCAAACCUAUUGAUUUAAAACAAUAUACAUUUUGUUUUCUUUCAUAGUUUCUAUGGGUCAGGAAUUUGGAUAGGGCUUGGGUAGGCAGUUCUGGCUUCUCAUGGAGUUGGAGGCAAGUGGUGGCUGCAACAGAAAUGGGGCAGCCAGGGGUGGUGGCCAGGCAUCUCCUGCAUCCCCUCCGUGUAGUCUUGGAAACUCUCCAUGUGAUCUCUCUGUAUGGGUUAGCUGAGCUUCCUCACAACAUGGUGGCCUCAGGGCAGUCACUGCUUACAUGGCAGCUAGCUUCCCUCAGAGUGAGUAUCCCGAGAGAUCACAGCCAAAGUGCAUAGCAUUUAUAUAAUGUAACCUAGGAAGUCACAAGGUAUCAUUUUUAUGAUACUCUCAUUGGUCAAGGAAGUCAUAAAAUCCUGCUCAGGUUCAAAAAGAGGAUAUAUAGACCCCAACACUCAAUAGGAAGAUUGUCAGAGUUACAUUGUAAGAAGAGCACAUAGGGCUGGGCGCAGUGGCUCAUGGCUAUAAUCCAAGCACUUUGGGAGGCUGAGGCGGGUGGAUUGCCUGAGCUCAGGAGUUCGACACCAGUGAGUUGAACUGGGUGAA